AUGAUAAAGGGAAAAUGGGAGAGAGUCCAAACCUCUUGGACUUGGGAGAAUUUCACGAGGGAGUUCAACGAGAAGUUCCUUCCGCCUCUGAUCCAAGAGAAACGGGAGGACGAGUUUAUAAUGUUGAAACAAGGAACUCUUAAUGUUGCUGAGUAUGAAGGGAAGUUUACUAAGCUUUCUAAGUAUGCUCCCGAAUUGGUGACCAAUGAGCGGAAAAGGAUAAGACGUUUUGUACAAGGGCUUAAUGUAGAAAUCCAAGAGGGCUUGGCUGCGGCCCAAAUCUCUACGUUUACUGAGGCUUUAGAGAAAGCGCAAAGAGUUGAGAGCGCAAGAAUGCAAGCUAGUAAAAGAACCCCACCUUCCAAGAUCGGAAGAGGAAUGGGAGGAGUAAGGACUACUAGAGCUUCAAGGGGAGUUUUAUCCAGAGGAGGUCGUAGUGGGCCAGUUCAAGCAAGAGGAGUGCCUUCUAGUGGUUCGGCAGUGACGCCUCAAGUUAACUGUGGUUACUGUGGUAAACCAAAUCAUUUGGAGAAUGAGUGUUGGAGGAAGUCGGGGAAGUGUUUGUUCUGUGGUAAUGCCGAGCACCAGCUCGCAAAUUGUCCAAGUAAGGUGAAAGUACGAGGCAGCACUCAAAAGUCAGAAAAAUCAACCUCUAAGCAAACUAGUGCUAGAGGGAGUCGACCUAGAGUAACGGCUAGGGUUUAUGCACUGGAUCAUCAACAGAUUCCCGAUGCGACCGAGGCGGUUAAAGGUACGAUCCCUAUUUUCUACCGUUUAGUUAAGGUUUUAAUUGACCCAGAUGCAACGCAUUCUUUUGUAAACCCUAAUUUCAUAAGUGGAAUAGACUUAAAGCCAAUUCAGUUACCUUAUGAUUUAGAGGUUAGAACACCGACUGGGGAUCAAAAUUUACUAGCUAAUUUGGUGUAUAAGGAUUGUGAGAUAUGGGUUGGAGAACGGAAAUUACUGGCCAAUCUGAUAGGUUUGGCGAUUAAAGGGUAUGAUGUGAUCCUAGGAAUGGACUGGUUAGCUCUUUAUAAUGCUCAGUUGAACUGUAAGACGAAAACAGUAGAAUUGUGCAUUCCGAGAGAGGCAAACCUGAAAUUGGAUAUGAGGGGUAGAUUAGCCUCAUCUGCACUUAUCUCAGGAAUUCGAGUUAGGAAAAUGCUAAGUAAGGGAGCUCAGGGAUAUUUGGCUUUCUUAUCAAUAACCCUAGUGAUAAAGUGA